CUCCUCCUCUCCUCUUUCUUGCCAGACAGGAGACAGAACAUCCGAAAGAGAAGAGGAAUCCCGGUUAUUCACGACGAGUUCCAUGUGAAAAUCGGUGGCACUGUUAUUUCUUCGAAUUUCAAUUAUAGAAAAAGAUGGGUCCAAUCCACGAUUCUGUCUUUCUUCUUCUGCUUCUUCUUCUUCCCCUCCUCGUCACGCAAGUCUGGUCCUUUAGACCGCCGGUCCAACCUCCUUCUCCGUCCGAGGAGGCGCUGUUUGAAGGAAAGACUCGCAUUGGGUCGACGCCGCCGAGCUGCCACAACAGAUGCAGCGGCUGUCAUCCAUGCAUGGCCGUUCAGGUCCCCACUCUCCCGAGUCACGUCGACGCCCGAGCCGCCGACGAGUUGAUCCGGCCACCCCCGGGUCAAGAUCGGGUCUCUGACACGUCAUCAGCCGCCGGUGUUAACCAGUACUCUAACUACAAGCCCAUGGGCUGGAAAUGCCACUGCAACGGCCACUUGUAUAACCCAUGACUCUCUCCUCUUUUGGUGGGGAGAUAGAGAAGCCGUUCUUGGAUUCUUUGUAAAUUCUAGGGCUUGAUUUUUAGUUGUAAAUAAUCCCUUUACGCUGACCCAUGCACCCCAUAAUCGAUUUUGUAACACUCUUUUUGAACUCGUAAUUGCAUGUUUCGCUUU